GGGGGGGGGGGGUUUUAUGACCACCUAGACCUGGACCUUGACCUAGACCUAGACCCAGUCUCCUAGGAUGUUUUUUAUUUUUUUCUACGGAGUACCUAUUCUCUUAUUCUCUAUUUGCUGCUCAAUGAGUGGCCGAGUCAGAGUUCCUCUUCUCCGACAAUUCUCGACUGGACGCCUCUUCCUUCUCCUCUCCGUCCCCCGCCCACCCAUCCAGUCCCGGUUCUUUCUUAACUUUGUGCUACUGUCACCAGCUUUGUGGAACAAUCCUCUUCUUAUUCUUUCGAGAACACUAGACGGGACGCCAACAUCAUCAUCAUUAUCGACGGCCAAGACUCAUCACCGAGUCUUCCCGCCGCCUACUGCCUCUUCCUUGCGACCGCUGUGACCCUCCCCCCACUGCUCCAACUCACACUUACACCGGUGACCGCAGUCCAAAGGCAUAAACAGGGACAGGGACGAACGCCGUCCUCAGCGCCGGCGUUGUGCGGGGAGCCAGCUUGCCAGCUCGCUCGGCACCGUCUUCUUCCACUGUCGCCUCUUCGUUGAUCUUUCUCUUGAUUCAUGCAUGACAAA